CGCAGUUUUUUGGACAUUUCGCAUUGUACGUUUGGCUAGAGAACAACAGUGGUUUUUCAGCAUAUUUUCCGCAUUAUUUUCAGGACUUAAAACAAUCACUAGGAUGACGGCAAAAGUUCUUUCCGGCACCGACAUCGCCAAAGAAAUGCGAGAGCAAUUGGCAAAGGAAGUGUGCUCUCUCAAGAAGAUGCUUCCUGGAUUCUCUCCUGGUUUAGCUAUAGUACAAGUUGGCGGUCGUGAGGAUUCAAAUGUUUACAUCAGGAUGAAAAUCAAAGCCGCCAAGGAGAUUGGAAUCGAAGCUCAACAUCUACAAUUGCCCAACACCACUACCGAAGGCGAACUCCUUAAUAAAUUGCGCAAACUGAACGAGGAUCCAAGCAUCCACGGGAUCAUCGUGCAGAUGCCGUUGGACUCCGUGAACAAGAUCGAUUCUCAUCUCAUCACCGACUCCGUGACACCCGGAAAAGACGUCGAUGGGUUGAAUACGAUUAAUGAAGGAAAGGUGGCUGUAGGAGAUUUCAGCGGGUUCCUUCCGUGCACACCGAAUGGAUGCAUCGAGCUGGCUAAAAGGUCAGGAAUUCAAUUGUCCGGAGCAGAAGCAGUCGUUUUGGGUAGAAGCAAGAUCGUGGGCACUCCGGUAUCGGAACUGCUGAAAUGGCACAAUGCCACCGUCACCGUCUGCCAUUCGCGCACCAAAAAUAUCGCCGAACAGUGUCGCAAAGCAGAUCUGCUGGUCGUUGCUAUUGGAAAGCCCGAGCUAGUUAAAGGCGACUGGAUCAAGCCUGGUGCGGUCGUAAUCGACUGCGGCAUUAAUGCUAUUCCAGAUUCAACGAAAAAGUCUGGACAAAGGUUGGUUGGAGAUGUGGAUUUCGCCGAAGCUAGCAAAAAGGCAUCUUACAUAACUCCAGUGCCCGGUGGCGUUGGACCAAUGACUGUUGCUAUGCUGAUGAAGAACACGGUCCUAGGAGCCGAAAGGGCCGCAAAGCAGCUCUUGGAGACUGCAUGGACCAUCCGACCUUUGCCAUUGAAGUUGGAAAGACCCGUUCCAAACGAUAUCACCAUUGCUCGAGCCCAGGAACCUAAAGAUAUCAGCCAGUUAGCCCAAGAGAUUGGUUUGUCCAAGAGCGAAGUUUCGCAAUACGGUAGCAAGAAGGCAAAAAUUUCGUUGUCCGUUCUGAAACGGCUUCAACACCAAAAAGAUGGCAAAUAUGUUGUAGUUGCUGGAAUUACACCUACACCAUUGGGAGAAGGAAAAAGCACAACGACAAUUGGACUGGUUCAAGCGUUGUGCGCGCACAAGAACAGGAAUACUUUUGCUUGUUUGAGACAACCAUCUCAAGGGCCUACGUUCGGGAUUAAGGGUGGUGCAGCGGGUGGUGGUUAUUCUCAAGUCAUUCCAAUGGACGAGUUUAAUUUGCACUUGACCGGCGAUAUCCAUGCAGUGACUGCAGCCAAUAACUUGGUAGCAGCUCAAUUGGAUACUAGAAUCUUCCACGAAGCUACUCAAAGCGAUGAUGCGCUGUUCAAGCGUUUGGUGCCGGCUGUGAAAGGUAUCAAGAAAUUCUCGAAGAUCCAGUUAAGACGUUUAGAGCGUUUAGGUAUUCAUAAAACGGAUCCAGAUUCUUUAACGCCAGAAGAAUGCACGAAGUUUGCUAGAUUGAACAUUGAUCCUACCAACGUCGUAUGGACUAGGGUGAUGGAUUUGAACGAUAGGUAUUUGAGGAAGAUAACAAUUGGACAAUCGCCUACAGAGAAAGGUUUGACUCGGGAGACGUGCUUUACAAUUUCCGUAGCUUCUGAGAUCAUGGCUGUACUAGCUCUGGCCACAGAUUUAGCUGAUUUCAAGGAUAGACUCAGCAAAAUGGUCGUGGCUUUCGAUAAGUUAGGAAACCCGGUGACUACUGAUGACUUGGGUGUAACUGGAGCAUUGAUGGUCUUGCUCAAGGAUUCUGUCCAGCCUACGUUGAUGCAAACACUCGAAGGCACUCCGGUUCUUGUACAUGCCGGACCCUUCGCUAAUAUCGCGCACGGUUGCUCAUCGAUUCUUGCUGACAAAGUAGCUUUAAAAUUGACUGGAGAAAAUGGUUUCGUUAUAACGGAAGCCGGCUUCGGCUCUGAUAUUGGAAUGGAGAAAUUCUUCGAUAUUAAGUGCAGAGCAUCAGGAAAUCGUCCAAAUUGCGUUGUAUUAGUUACAACGAUAAGAGCUCUUAAAAUGCACGGCGGUGGCCCACCAGUCUCUCCAGGAACACCUCUAACAGUAGAGUACGUCAAAGAAAACCUUGAGCUCGUGAAGAACGGCCUUCCAAACCUUAUCAAACACAUUGAAAACGGUCGUAUAUUCGGUAUGCCAGUUGUUGUAGCUAUAAACACCUUCGCUACAGACACAGAAGCUGAGAUCAACAUGAUCAAGGAGGCUUCUCUAGCAAACGGCGCUUUCGAUGCUGUAUGUUGUACCCAUUGGGCCGAUGGAGGACCUGGUGCCCUCGACUUGGCAGAUGCUGUGAUCAAGGCGUGCGAACAAGAAAAUAACUUCAAAUUGUUAUAUAAUCUGGAUUUGACCAUUGAACAAAAAAUCUUGAAAAUCGCUCAAGAGAUGUACGGAGCAUCUACCGUCGAAUACGAUCCUGCAGUACAAGAAAAAAUCAACGAAUAUACCAAACAAGGUUUCGGUAAUUUGCCAAUUUGCAUGGCCAAGACGCCACUUUCUUUGACCGGAGAUCCUAACAUCAAAGGUGCACCCACUGGUUUCAAUUUGAAGAUCAACGAUGUGUCGAUCUCUUCAGGAGCCGGAUUCAUAGUUCCUAUUGUUGGCCAAAUUUCAAAAAUGCCCGGUUUACCGACAAGGCCAGCCAUUUACGACAUCGAUCUUAACAUAGAAACGGAAGAAAUAGAAGGACUAUUCUAAAUUCAAUAUUUCCUUUAUUGAUUAUUUAAAUUGACUGUUUAAUUAUACAAAAGAAACCCCCUUUUUAUUCCUGGUAUCACUUUUAUUCAUGCUAAAUAUGGUUAUUAUUAAAGUUUGUAUAUAUGGGCAAAAUAAUAAAAAAAACAAUAUAAUUA